GGUCAGGCAGGCAGACGGGCUGUGCGCCACCCGGAGACUGAUGAGACACUUCACCGGGGAGAAAGUACCGGCACGCUGUGACAGCUUAGCGGCUUCGCUCUGUCACUUUUUGGACGUUUCUGUAUUGGAAACUGGGGGGCUCGGGGCUUGUUGGAUAAACGCACUGUUUUUGGAGAACAACUGAUGUUGCAUCUCCAUACUGUAUGAGCGCAUAGAGAGCGCAGGAACCCCCCUCCUCUCAAGAGGUUGGGGCUCACCCAUCUAUAGAGAGACCCAGACCUUGGGGGGAAAUCAACAUGAAGAUGGAGUCCUUUAUCUUCUGGAGGGCUGUCUUUAUCUUCCUCACGCUUCCCCAUUUCCAGGGUGCAGAGAGUCAGCCUCAGAGUGCAGUGUUCCUGCCAGAGUUCGCCCUGUCCCCUCAGGGCAGCUUCAUGGAGGAUGCUACAGAAGAUCAGUUCCUAACCUACAGAUACGACGACCAGGCGUCCAGGAUGACUCGCUCAGAUGAAGACAGGGACCUGGGCUGGGACGCCUGGGGCACAUGGAGCGAGUGCUCUCGCACCUGCGGAGGAGGAGCCUCCUACUCGCUGCGACGCUGUCUCAACGGAGGAAGCUGUGUUGGCAAAAACAUCCGCUACAGAACCUGCAGCAACAGGGACUGCCCACCAGAGUCCGGUGAUUUCCGGGCCCAGCAGUGUUCGGCCCACAAUGACAUCAAGUACCAGGGUGUCACCUACGAGUGGUUCCCAUCACCAUAUGACCCGUCAGCACCCUGUGCACUGCGCUGCCAAGCCAAAGGGAGAAGCGUCACUGUUGAACUGGCCCCCAAAGUGCUGGACGGGACACGAUGCCGGGCGGAUGCUUACGAUAUGUGCAUCAGCGGAGCGUGUCAGGACGUGGGCUGUGAUCGCCAGCUGGCCAGUGGUGCCAGGGAGGAUAACUGUGGUGUCUGCGGCGGCGACGGCUCCACAUGCCGGCUGGUUAGAGGACAGGCCCUACACCACCUUACCCCAGAACAAUCUAUCAAGAAAGUGCUGGACAUGCCAAUAGGAAGCCGCUUUCUCAGACUCAAUGCCAAAGGACCUGAUAUUAUAGUUAUCGAAGCCAUCUCUCUUCAGGGGAGGAAGGAAGAGACCACUCUGGUGUCUAGCGGCUCAUAUGUGAUAGGAAACACCUCCCUGGACUUCCAAAGAGGGACAGACCGGCAGACACUCAGGACACACGGCCCACUCAACGCUGAUUACAUUAUCAAGAUGAAGUAUGGAGGCUCCAAGGACACAGUUGUCCAGUUUCUCUUCUACGAGCCAAUCAGGUACCAGUGGAGGGAGACAGACUUCUUUCCCUGCUCAGUCAGCUGUGGAGGAGGCUACCAGUUGAAUUCUGCAGAGUGCACAGACAUCCGAUCCAACCAGACCCUGCCUGAGCACCAUUGCAAAAGCUAUCCUGAAAACACCAAACCCACACCAAAACUCAAGGAGUGCAACAUGGACCCCUGCCCAGAGAGUGACGGAUUCAAAGAGGUGAUGCCAUAUGACCACUUUCAACCUCUUCCUCGCUGGGAGCAGGGCCCCUGGACCCAGUGCUCAGUGUCCUGUGGUGAUAGCGGUGGCUGGCAGGACCGCAGCGUGAUGUGUGUGGAGGAGGACACCCACGGACAAUUCUCCCAGGUGGAGGAGUGGAAAUGCACCCACUCCCCUCGGCCCACCACCCGACAGACAUGCAACACCUUUGGCUGCCCCCAGUGGGUGGCCAUGGACUGGUCUCAGUGCACGGUGACGUGUGGGCGUGGCCUGCGUUACCGGGUGGUGUUGUGCAUUGACCACCGGGGACAGCACAUUGGAGGCUGCGAAGCGUCACUUAAACCUCAUGUCAAAGAAGACUGUCUGGUCCCAGUUGCCUGCCACAAGCCCCGAGAAUCUCUGCCUGUGGAGGCCAAAGCGCCCUGGUUAAAACAAGCCCACGAACUGGAGGAGCAGCAUACUGCUACAGAGGAGCCCACAUUUGUCCCCGGGCCCUGGUCACCCUGCAGCACCACCUGUGGGCCUGGCAGGCAAACUCGGGAGGUAAAGUGCCAGGUGCUGCUUUCAUUCACCAAGAAAGAAGUGGACCUUCCAGAGGAGGAGUGUGGUGAAGAAAGACCACAGCUGGAGAGGCCGUGCAACCAGGGGCCAUGUGCCGAAGUCCCAGGCGUCUCCGCACACCUCCAGGACCAUGAGGCCCCUUACAGGCAGACAGAGGAAGUGUUCAGCUGGGACUACCGGGGCUUCACCGCCUGCUCAGCCACAUGUGCUGCUGGAAAGCAGACAGCAGUUGUGAGGUGUGUUAACAGGAAGCAGGGUGAAGAGGUGGAGGACUCUAUGUGUGAUCCAUCCAGUAGGCCACCAGUGAUGAUCCGCAUCUGUAACCCUGAGCCAUGCCGCCCCAGAUGGGAGGCGACAGCAUGGACCGGCUGCUCUGCGUCCUGUGGCGUGGGCAUCCAGACCAGGAGUGUGUUUUGCAUGCGUCUGUUGUCCGUUGACCAGCAGGAUAUUCUGACUGUUUCAGAGGACGAGUGCAGGGAAUUCAAACCUGCCAUCCUGCAACCCUGCAACCUGCUGGACUGUCCUCCGGCCUGGGAGACCGAACCUUGGCAGCAGUGCUCCCAGUCCUGUGGCGGGGGUGUCCAGGUGCGGAAGGUCUUCUGUAAGCAGCUUCUGUCCACAGGGGCCUACAGGAGGCUGGUAGACCAGGCUUGCAUUGGGGCCAAACCUGCUACUAACCGAGGCUGCAGCCAAACCGACUGCCUGCCCUACUUGGCAGGAGGCGAAUGGGGAAAGUGUUCAGUGUCCUGUGGUUUGGGGAUCCAGCGUAGGGUGCCAUCGUGUUCCCAGUUGACAGCCAUGGGGCAACAGGUGACGUUGGCCAGGGAGCUGUGCUCAGGGUUGGCCUCCCCUCCCCUCGUACGGACCUGCCGCAUGAUGGCCUGUCCAAAGCACAAGAAAGAGAUGAGACCCAAAGAGACCGGGAAGAACCAAGUUAGACAGACGGUUAGACGUCCAAUGCAGGCUAGAGACUAUGAGCCUGGAGUUAAACGGUGUCCAGCGCUCAUGGGUAAGCACCACAUCUAUAUCCAGACCCACAAGGUGAAGCGCCUCCACCUGACCGUCGGUGGCCACGCUUACCUCCUACCCAACACCUCGCUGGUCAUCAAAUGCCCGGUCAGAAGGUUGCCCAAAGCCUACGUUCGCUGGCUCAAAGACGGACGCCCCUUGCCCAUCUCCAAACGCCUGGGCGUCACCAAAUCCGCCUCUCUGAAGAUCCACUUUCUGACUGCAGAGGACAUCGGGGUGUACAAGUGUGUGGCUGGACCGGCCUCAGACAUCUUCACCCUGCAGCUGAUAGGUGGUGACAGAAGUUUAACUGGCAGAGAGUUCACUGCUAGUCCCAUUCCCAGCAGGGAGGAAAUGCUCCCUAGCUGCCACACACACUACACAGGCCUGCAGCUGAUCUGGCCAGGACUCAGUGUGUCUCUGCAGCCCCCUGGUGUCCAGAAGGAGGCCUGGCUGCAGCCACGGCUGAAGGAGAGGCUGAUUAAUAUUACCCUACAGGCUGACAGAGGGGAGAUCCACCAGGAGCAGGCCUCAGAACUCAUCUCUUCACUGCUGAGCCACAUGUCGGCUGGCCAGUUCUGGGCCAGGACUCCGCAAGGACCAGGAAAGGCCAAAGACCGACUGGCCAACUGGUCUGAGCGCUCUUCAUUGGAGAGGGUUGGGAGUAGAGCAGUGAUCAUCAGACAGCAGCAGAGCCUUCCACUGAGCGCUCAGAAGAACAUCAACAUCAGCAUUGGACACAGCGCCCUCCUGACCAACACUACCCAAUCAGUGACCAUACUUUGUCCUGCACAGGGCUUCCCGCCUCCCAAAGUCAGCUGGACCAAAGAUGGAGCUCUGCUGCAGCACACUGGCAGGGUAUCCUGGGAUGUCUCCGGAGGACUCCACAUCCUUCAGCCCCGAGCGUUUGACAGAGGCCAGUACAAGUGCACAGCUGCCAAUAUACAUGGCUCCGAAUCCGAGACAUCUCAGCUGGUAGUGGCAGAGCCUCCAGCCAUUGCAGUGUCAUUGAGGAAUGUUUCCGACCAUGGCCUUGAGUUGAGCCACAGCUUGAGGACCAAGGUGGGGGGACGAGUCAGUGUUCGCCCGGGGGCCAAUCUUACGCUGGACUGCCCCGUCACCGGCGUUCCUCAGCCCACAGUGACGUGGAACAGAAAGGAUGAUGUAUUAGAUGCCGGUGCUGUUUCCCUGCCCUCUGGAUCACUGUGGAUCACCAAUGUUUCCAUGCAACACCAAGGCACCUACUCCUGCACCGCCACCAACGCCAUAGGAAGGUCCACUGCUUCUACUGUCCUGCAGGUCUACGGUCCAUACUCUGCUGGAGGAAGCAGGGUUGUCACAGUCUUACAAGAGCUGAACAGGAGAAGGGUCCUGAUGGCGUCCCACCGGGGAACCAGUGUCUUUAUCAAGCCUGGCCACAUUCUCCGUAUAGGCUGUCCAGUCGUUCCUGACCACAAAGUGCCCGUGCGGUGGGACUACAACAGCCAGACCCUGAAGGAAGUUUCAGGUCCAGCCCAGACCCAGGGUUUGGGUCUGCAGUAUAGGAUGCUGGUAGGAGGCCGUGUGCUUGAAGUCAACACUCUCCAGGGGAAGUUCUCUGGGCGGUAUCGAUGCCAGACCCUGAUCAUCAGCACCCGACCCAUGCUGUCUGCCUGGAUACACGUUCACACAGAAGAGUUUAGCUGGCGGUUUGGGUACUGGACCACAUGCAGUGCUUCCUGUGGGAACAGAGGCACUUGGCAGCGGACAAUUCGCUGUGUCUCUCUGGAUGGAAAGGAAGUUCAGCCCACAAUGUGUCAGCACAUACCAAGACCCAUCACUUCCCCAGUCUCCUGCAACAGACAGGACUGUCCCCCCAGAUGGUCGGUAUCAGAGUGGUCAAAGUGCUCAGCGUUGUGUGGCGGAGGCUGGAGACAGAGGCAGUUGUCCUGUCAGCAGCUGGAUGCCAGAGGUUCAGUGAGGACUCUGACAGCAGCGGCCUGUGAGAUGACGAGCCGGCCCACAGACAGGGAGCAGUGCACUGCCAAUAACUGUCCAACCUGGGUAACCAGUGCAUGGGGAAAGUGUUCAGGGAGGUGUUUAGGCCCCACCACCACAGUACAGAAGAGAUCUGUCACCUGCCAACAUGCCAACGGCUCCUCGUACACAGACUGUGAUCUCAGGGACAGGCCUACAUCGGUACGCAACUGUUCCUCUGACCUGUGUGACGUCCGGUGGCAUCCCGGUGCGUGGCGGGCGUGCACUGUAGCCUGUGGGAGUGGCUUUCAGUCCCGCAGGCUGGACUGUGUUCACCGCAGGAGUGGCGGGACUCUGCCGGAGCAGCGCUGUGCCUGGCUCCAACGGCCCUCCGCCUGGCAGCACUGCAACACCACCAACUGUAGGAGUGAAUGCAAGGACACAACUCAGUACUGCAGCGUGGUGAAGAGGCUGAAGCUGUGCGAUCUGGACAUGUACAAGCAGAGAUGCUGUGGCUCCUGUUCACAGGAUCCCGACUCCACCUAGUGGCAGCGAGCCGGUAUAACCACACUGCAUUUUGUAAAAA